AACAAGAACUUUUUUCAGGUUUCUCUAGUUCCUAUGUAUGCAGAUGACAGCUAAGAUCAGUGUCCGUCCUGUGAUUGGUGGCUUCCUGUCCAGCAGGAAGUUGUGAACAGACAUUAAAAGCAAGCCUGCAAGACUGCAGACAUUCACAGGAAGCUGGGCCAGCAAUGACUCUGCUGAAAGUUCUGCUGCUGCUGCUGGGGCUGGGUGUUUCAAUGAACUCACAUGUUUCUCUGCACAAGAGAAUCAUUGGAGGUCAAAACUGUGACGACAAGGAGAAUCUUUAUCAUGUUCGGUUGAAGGGCAACAAUGGUACUCAUACGAGCUUGUGUGGAGGAUCUCUGAUCCACCCUGAGUGGAUCCUGACUGCAGCUCAUUGCUGGAAGUCAGAGCCAGGAUGGACUACCACAGCAAUGUUCGGAGUUCAUCCACAGAAUGCUAAACAGGAGAAACAGAUAAUCCAACACAAUCCUGUGAUCUAUGUUGACCAAUGGCAUCAGCAACAUGACAUCAUGUUGCUGAAGCUUCAGAGACCAGUAAGAAAUAUCGGUCCUGCUCGGCUUCCAAGAUGCAAUAAUCGUCUUAGAAUUGCUGCUACAGUUCAGCUGGCAGGAGAAGGACUAACGACAACCGGUCCCAAUAAUCGGCGAUUAAUCAGGGAACCUGUUCCAUCACAUCUUCAGUGUGUCGACAUGAAAGUUGUUGCUGUUUUUGCCAUGCCGACACGUCAGCAUGUGUUCUUUGUUGAAGCACCGAACAAGGAUUCGUGUUUUGGUGACUCUGGUGGAGGAGUGAGCUUCAAAAAGAAAAUUUAUGGUGUGAUUUCUGAAAUUGGAGAAGACUAUGCAUGUCGGACACCAGCUUUAAUCAUGGAUGUGUGUGAAUACAUAGGAUGGAUAAACAAAACAAUUAGACUUAAGCCACAACCAUGAACUAGGACUUUGCUAUGAACAGCUAAAGCAGCAUAGUUCACAUAGCUCCCAGUAACAGAUAAUUAUAAGGACAGUAUCAAACUACCAGAAAUAUAAAACAUAAUCAGAAAUUAAUUAUAAUUACUCGAUGUCUCAUUAUAAUCAGAGAGCAAAGCAUACACAUUUAAAUUUUACUUACCGGUACUUCUGAGGAGACCACCGGGAAUGCUCCAUCUUGUUUCUUGGUUUAUCAACCUGUUUUUCCAGCCAAAGAAUCAUUCCGCCACCCAGUGGUAAUUUUUUAAACUAUGUAAUCUCAUCUGUACCGCUCAAAAAUGCACAAUACGUCUAUAAACAAUUUUGGAGUAUUAUAAAGAAAUACUAAAAUAUUCUGUUUUCCAACUAAAUAACAUCUUUGCCACGUAGGCACAAGCACCGCAACAAACGUUCAGAGGAUAAAAACGUUGCAAAUGAUAUGACCCAGCUUUCCACCAGUUUUUAAAUGCACCACUUGCACACAAAUAUGAGGCUGUCCUGAAGUGUGAAAUGAAUCUCAAAACUCCUUGUGCACUUGUAACCGGAUCGUUGCGAAAAUGCAGUUUUGUCUGUGGGCAUCAGGCGACUGGUGCAUACUUAUUUAACAUUUGUAGGGGUAGGAGAAGGUAAUGAAUUUGUAAUUAUCAGAUUUGUGAGAUUGUAGUUUAAAAAAUUUGCGAGUAGAAAUUUAACGUUUGUAGAAAUUAUAGUUGUGUGUGUAUUUUUAUUUUGAAUUCAUAAUUUCUUCAUAUUUGUCUUUGCGUUUGACCACAUAUUUACAAGUACCCGGAGUUACACACAAAUUUUCUUUUUACGGUUUACAAAUCACGUUCCACAGUGUUGUAAAUAUUAGUUUAACUAUGCUAGUUUCAAUGAUGUUUAACUUUAGCGCAUGUUGAAAUAUUACAUGGAUCAUGAUUGUUUUGAGUAGGCCUCAGUUUAGAUUAGAUUUAGGCCCAUGGUUUAAUCCAGGGGUGGGCACUCCUGGUCCUCGAGGGCUGGUGUCCUGCAACUUUU